AGGCUAAGUUAAACGGCGUAUAUAUAGAUAUCUGAUCCAUUUUAUUAAGUAAUGAAUAUUUAUUACUGCUUAAUUACUUUUUUGUACAGCCCCUGUAACAACAACUCGACCACAGAGCACACAAGACCGUGACCACACAAAUGCUCAAGAGAGUACACCAUCUGGUCCUACGACACAAACUCCUACCGAUACUCUUCCAGGCAUGGGUAAAAAGCAAGCCAAGCAGGCCUCAGGCACUGUUACCAUAGUAACCAUAGUUUCUGCUUGCUCCGCGGGUGGCCUCAUAAUUAUCGGUCUCAUCUCCUGGCGCGUGCGCAAAUACAUGAAAAACAGAAAACGGAUUCAUUCCACCGAAGGUAUCAAGGCUGAUGAUGCGGAUCACUGCUAUGACAACCCCAUUGAAAUGACACCGAGGGCGGCAGACUCGGACCACACUUACGAGGAGGUGGGCCAAUCAUCUACAUACGAGUCCCUGAAGCCUGUCGCGGGCCCCCCACAUGAUGCUGCCAAACAAAAAGUUUCUGAGCAUGCGCAAAGCAACGCAUAUCAGGAAUUUGAGAAGCGCCCUGCGGCGAAUUAUCAAGAUCUGGUCCACUGGAAGUACUGAACACAAAACUGGCAUACUGAACACUGAACACAGCUAUUCAAACCGCCACACUGAACAAAGCUAUAACCAACACAGCAUAGAAUAGUCAGCUAUAGUCACAGCUAUAACAAGCACGAAAUAGAAUAGUCAGCUAUAGUCACAGCUAUAAAAAGCACAACAUAGAAUAGUCUUAUGGUUCUGACUUGACUUCUGAUUUUUCAGAUGCAUAUCGUACGUAGCCAUAGUUUUUUUUUUUUUACUAAGAGCUUAUCGCAGUCCGUGACAAUUUCGGGGCCGAAUCCGGCGAUCCGCGAAUCUAUUCACCCCCCCCCCCCCCCCCGAUUAUGGAUUGAUAAGGCCGCGUAUUUAUGGUUAGUUGGUGAGCGUUAAAUUUUUAGCAGCCGCCAAGGUCUGUAUAAACAUUUUAACUUUCUCAUUAUUCAGCCUUAGGUGAGUGUUGUCCAGUAAUGGAUUUAUUAACCAUGAAAUAGUGUGAACACGUGUGCGUGUGGAUGUAAUAUUGAUUUAGAUUAGGGCAUUUUUUUAAUAAAAGAGAAAAAGGA